AUGCUGGAUUCUUUUGAGAUUAUCACAACUUCGGGGGUUGUUCUGUGGUCAAAGUCUUAUGCUCCUGUGGGCGCACACAUUGUCAACAGCCUCAUCAAGGAGAUAUUCAUUGAGGAGAAAACACACCUGUCGGAUUCUGAGGUCGAUAGUGCAGCACUGCGAUAUAAAAAAGAAAAAUAUACACUCAGAUGGACCAAGUCAAAGGAUUUGGGGCUGCUCUUCGUUGCUGUCUACCAAUCCCUUCUGCAUCUGACUUGGAUAGAUGAACUUCUCGAAAACAUUAAAACGAUAUUCAUCGAUUUAUACGAGAAACAGCUUAAAGGACCCAGGUUUCGAGUGGUAGAAUAUUCCUUUGAUCCCUAUUUCGACCAGCAGCUUCAGGAGCUUGAGAGCGCCGCAAACGUGUCCUCUGGAAAGGAGUCUCGCUACAUUGAAGAAGAGAAAAAGGAUGCGCUCACGAAUGCUGAUACGGGGGGACCCCCUCCGCCACCUGUUCCGGGUCUUCUGCCUGCGCAGCCCCGCGCUGCUCAGGCUUCACUGGCGUCAACAGAUACUACGCCAUCAUUAUCUCCGGUGACUCCUCGGUCCUUGUCUCCGGCACGAAAUCACAUUGUAACAGGAAAGUCAGGUCCUGGUGGUCGUAUUUCAAGGCGCUCCCGCAAAGCUGCCAACGCUGCAAACACAUUUCAGGACGGCGAUACGCCCAGAAAAGGAAAACACAACAAGGGUGGAGCGAAGAAAAUGAGGAAAUGGGGCGUUGACGGACUUGCAGAGGAGGACGAUGGGGAGAUUCUGGACUAUUCCGCAACAGAUGCCAGCACCAUUAAGCCAGUGGGACCUCAAGUUGAAGCUGUGGAAUCUAGUUCUUGGGGAACCAAAACUUCCAAGGGACAGUUCGUCCUGAAGGACCUUGGAGACGAGGUUCACUCAAUUUUACAUAAAGCAGAUCAAGAGAAAGCUAAGGCCAGUCCUUCCACAGGAAUGGUUAGCUCUAGCUUCGGGGCUAUUACCGGUCUAUUUCGAAACGUUAUUGGUGGAAAGGUGUUGACUACAGCUGACCUCGAAAAACCCCUGAAAGCAAUGGAGGACCAUCUUCUAAAAAAAAACGUUGCCAGAGAAGCCGCCCUUCGCCUCUGCGAAGGGGUAGAGACGGAACUCGUUGGAAAGAAAACUGGAAGUUUUCAAAGCAUCGACUCCGCCUUACGACUAGCUAUGGAGGCUUCUCUCCGUAAGAUCCUGACGCCAACAUCGUCCCUCGACCUUCUUCGUGAGAUUGAGGUUGUCACGUCUCCCACCAGCAAGCAGCAAUCUCGUCGCCCAUACGUCAUUUCUAUUGUUGGCGUGAAUGGCGUGGGCAAGUCUACAAACCUCAGCAAAAUAUGCUUCUUCUUGCUUCAAAACAACUAUAAGGUUCUUAUCGCAGCUUGCGAUACCUUCCGAUCUGGCGCCGUGGAACAACUCCGUGUUCAUGCACGAAAUCUGAAGGAGCUUAGUGAGCGAGAAAAUGUGGGCAGUAUUGAGUUAUACGAGAAGGGUUACGGCAAAGAUGCCGCAAACGUGGCCAAAGAUGCUGUGUCGUACGCCGCUGCCAACAAUUUGGACGUCGUGCUCAUCGACACUGCUGGACGUCGACACAAUGACCAGCGACUGAUGUCCUCUCUGGAGAAGUUUGCCAAACUUGCAGCUCCUGACAAGAUUUUCAUGGUUGGCGAAGCCCUUGUAGGGACAGAUAGCGUCAUGCAAGCACGGAAUUUCAACCAAGCGUUUGGGGCUGGGCGGAAUCUGGACGGUUUUAUUAUCAGCAAGUGUGACACUGUUGGGGACAUGAUUGGUACGCUAGUCAGCAUGGUUCAUGCCACAGGCAUCCCUAUUGUUUUCCUGGGAAUCGGGCAGCACUAUGGCGACCUGCGAGGGCUGAGCGUGCCGUGGGCCGUCGGGCUCCUGAUGAAGUAG